UCAGUUCAGAACUUAGAGCAUUGUUGAGAGAGAAGGAGAGAGGGGAGAGAUCAUAGCAUCGAAUGGCGACUCAUCUGCACAUGAAUCAAGGCACAGGGAAGACGAGCUACGCAAAACAUUCAUGGGUUCAGAAACAUGGAUUAGAGGUGGUUAAGCCUAUAACUGAAGACGCAGUGAGCAACAUACUCUCUGCCGAUUUCACUGACAGCUUCGCGAUCGUCGACCUCGGCUGCUCUUCAGGCCCCAACACUUUCUUUGCUCUAAUCACCAUCAUCAGAGCUGUUUGCGCAAGAUGUCAAGAAAACUCUAGGCCAAUGCCGGAGUUUCAGGUGUACCUUAAUGACCUGCCGGAAAAUGACUUCAACUCCAUUUUCAGGGCAUUACCUUUGUUCUAUGAGUUGAUGAGAGAGAAAGAUGGGGUUCCGGGGUCGUGUUUUGUGGCUGGUGUUCCAAACACUUUUUAUUGUAGACUUUUUCCAGCAAACAGUUUGCACCUUGUUCAUUCUUCUUACAGUCUCCAUUGGCGCUCACAAGUUCCUUCAGGGUUAUACGAUGAGAAUGGAAACCCCCUUAACAAGGGUAACAUUUACAUAAGUGAAGCCAGCCCACCAAGUGUGAGAGAAGCCUAUCUUCAACAAUUUCAAAAGGAUUUCUCAUCAUUUCUAAGGUUUCGUUCCCAAGAGGUGGUAAGAGGGGGAUGCAUGGUGUUAAUAUUCUUUGGCCGAAGCUCAACACAACAAGGCGACGAGGAGUUUCACUUUCUAUGGACAGUUUUAAGCCAAGCUAUACGAAAUUUGGUCUCUAAGGGACUAGUUGAAGAGGAGAAGUUGGAUUCAUUUGAUUUGCCCUUCUAUGAUCCAUCAGCACAAGAAGUUGAAGAAGAGGUGAAGAGAGAAGGGUCAUUCACAAUUGCACGUUUCGAGCAACUACCAUUAGCACCUUGGGGUGCUAACAAGAGUGGGAAAGACUUGGCAUUGACCAUGCGAGCUGUGGUGGAGCCCUUAGUCAAAUAUCACUUUGGAGAGGAGCUCAUGGACAUGUUAUUUGAAGAAUACGCUCAACUUCUUCAGUUUGAAAUAAAUGGAGGAAAGAAGAAACACGUUCAUUUUGUUCUUGUCUUGAAAAAUACAAAGUGAAGCACUUUGAUGAUCCAAACAAUAAACCAUUCCUUAUGGUAUUCAUGUCUAUGUGUUAAAAAGCUUUGUCCAUAAUUGAUGUAUUUGAU